ACUUUUCUUUCCCUCCCACUCUUCCCUCCUUCUAACCCAAUUACUUUUCUCUGCCCCCUCCCUUCCCUCCUUCUAACCCAUCUGUGAUCUGUAUUAAUAAGUCCUCACAUCCUCCCCAUCUCUCUGAACCAGCCUACCAGGUCUCUUUUGAACACUGCACACGGUAACCUACUCACAUAGAAAAGCAGAGAGAAAAUGCAGAAGAGUUCUUCAGCGUCGUCUUUCGGCCCCGGCGGCCUCGACCUCACCCAAGCCUUCUUCCGGCCAAUUCAAAACACCGCCCCUCCCUCGCCCACCAAGCGCCACACCAAGAUCUCCGUCAUCGGCGCCGGCAACGUGGGCAUGGCCAUAGCCCAGACCAUCCUCACACAAGACCUCGCCGACGAGCUCGCCCUCGUCGACGCCAUUCCCGACAAGCUCCGCGGCGAGAUGCUCGAUCUCCAGCACGGCGCCGCCUUCCUCCCCCGCACCAAAAUCCUCGCCGACGUCGACUACUCCAUCACCACCGGCUCCGACCUCUGCAUCGUCACCGCCGGCGCCCGCCAGAUCGCCGGAGAAUCCAGGCUGAACCUCCUCCAGCGCAACGUCGCUCUGUUCUCCCGCAUCGUUCCUCCGCUGGCGCGCUACGCGCCGGAUUCCAUCUUGAUGAUCGUCUCCAACCCGGUGGAUGUGCUGACUUACGUGGCUUGGAAGCUUUCCGGAUUCCCCUCGAACCGGGUUAUCGGGUCGGGCACGAACCUUGACUCGUCUAGGUUCAGAUUUCUCAUCGCAAACCAUCUCGACGUCAACACUCAGGAUGUGCAGGCGUACAUUGUUGGGGAACACGGCGACAGCUCGGUGGCGCUGUGGUCAAGCAUAAGCGUGGGGGGAGUGCCGGUGCUGAGCUUCCUGGAGAAACAGCAGAUCGCAUACGAGAAGGGAACGCUGGAGAACAUCCACAGAGAAGUUGUGCAGAGUGCGUACGAAGUGAUAAGCCUGAAGGGCUACACUUCCUGGGCAAUUGGCUACUCGGUGGCCAACCUCGCGCGAUCCCUGCUCAGAGACCAGCGGCGGAUCCACCCCGUCUCCGUCCUGGCGAGGGGCUUCUACGGCAUCGACGGCGGCGACGUGUUCCUGAGCCUGCCGGCGCAGCUGGGCAGGGGCGGAGUCGUCGGCGUCACCAACAUCCAUUUGACCGACGAGGAGGCGCAGAGGCUCAGGGACUCCGCCAAGACCAUCCUGGAGUUGCAAACUCAGUUGGGCAUCUGAGGUUCAAGGGUGGUGAUAAUUAAUUCGUGUUAAAGGUUAAUUUAAGUUGAUGGUUAAUUGAUUGAUGUCAUUAAUUUCAGUUUCCCAUUUUUGAGAUAUGGGAUUUUUUGUGUGUUUCUCAUGAAUAUAAGAGUCCAGGGAUUUAUAUGGAAAUGGAAUAAUACUAGGGUACCAGGGAUAAUGUGCUCCUAGCACUAAAAA